GAUAUCACGUGGAACAAUUGCGCGGGAGUUCCGAUAUACUUGGCCGUAGUUGCUAUUACUAUUAGUACCUACCUGUUAAUAUACAGUCCUUCGUCGUCGUCGUCUAUACAGUGUAUACGCGGUUUUUAUUUUUCGUCUUUUGUUCUACGUACUCUGUUAAUACAAGCAAGUAAAACAAAUCAUAAUAUAAAAUUCAAUUUUGUUUUUAAAUAUAAUACAUAUACGUAAAAAACAUCAGAGGCAGCCAACAAUCGGAUCGUUUAAAUUCAGUUGUAUACUAAUUAAUACAUUACUGAUUACAUCGGGCACUUGAAUUGCUUCGGUAUAUAUACACCGUGCACGAACAAUUUCAACCCUUUAAAAUCAAAAUUUUGAAAAUCGGACGACGUGGCUACACUUAGACAGGUAUUUGGAACAACUCUGUGAAAAAAAAUUGGAAAAAAUUUAAAUAGCGUCGUCACAAAAUUGAAACCAGAUAACGGAAAAGACCGUCGGAUGUCUGUGGAACGAUCGUAAAGCAACGUCGGUGGUUUUGUCGUGAUGAGCGUGCGGGCGCUAUUGCGCGCCAUACUUUUGGCCGUCUUGGUCACCGCGACAUGUCAAGCUGACGAAACAACGAGCGAUUAUUCCACCGUUGACUCUACAGACCGACCGGAGUCGACUGAAGAAGAGGAAACGAAUAAAUCUGCAACGCCUAACCAAGGAUUAAAACCUACAAAAUACCACUAUUAUCCACACAAUCAACACAUAUAUCUACUACCCGAGUGUGCAGUUCAACAGGUGUGUAAUGCGGUAUAUGUUAGACUCAACUACACGCAACCGUUAUGCGCCUGUCCGUCCAGAUACAAAGAGCCAUGCUCUGCAUCUUUGAAUGCUGACGACCUACACACUACGGAACUGUCUACGGACACAACCGGCAAAAUCCUCACGCUGGUCAAGACCUGCGAACCAGUGGCCGAAAUGAGGACGUGCCGUUCGCCGAGAGACUGGUCCUUAUUGGCUCUACAAAAUGUCCGCACCGGCAAGUCGCAUUACCUGGUCAUCUGCAGAUGUCCGCACACCAGUCUGUUGGAAGGUCCAAUGAGUCACGACCAACCGACGUACGCCAGCGUCCCCGGCAUUAGAGUGUACGGUAUGAUGUGCGUGACAAAGAAUGGUGGAGGAGGUGGUCACCAAACUACGUUGGCGCCACCUCUCCAUUCUAGUCCAGCGCCGAUAACCAAGCGACGGGCUAGGCCUCUGAGGACCCCCCGAUCAUUAGACUCCUACUACAGGAGGUCUUCAGAAAGCCAAUUGUCACCACCAUUUCCUUGGCACAGAGCCAUGCAGUUUAUCAAAUCAGUGCAAAUAGAAGAAUCGCUGAAAAGUAAACAGUCUUAGACUAUUCGUCGUCGAUACUGAAAACGGUUGAACAAAAUUAAAAUUUGAUUAGCAAAAACAUUAUAUUAUUUAUUAUUAUUCAAUAUUGAAAUAAUAAAAUGUAAUGAAGCCGCUCAACUCUUUUCUUUUACCUAAAAAUGAUAUAUAAAUUACUUUUUUUUAUAAUAGAUACAAAUAUACAAGUAGAUAAUAUAAUUAUAAUUAUAAUUUUUUUUUUUUGUACAACAAGGUGCUUUGUGCGUUUAAAAUG